AUGAUAGAAACAAAGUUACCUUUAUGCCAAGAGGAGAUAGGUUGUGGGGAGGACCAACUAAUUGUAGACCUCCUUGGGGAUGGGGGAGACAACCAAGUGGCACAAACUCUCUCAGAGAAAAUGGGUUUUAAGUUGAAGCUGGUUAGUCCUAUAGAGGAGGAAAUUAAAGUAGGAGUGUCACCUCUAGUAUAUAGAAGGGGAAAGAAUUCUCAGGUGGCCAAUGCAAGGUUUCAGGCUGCUGCUGCAAUUCGAAAUGCAGCUUUAAGAGAAUGGGGAUUCCUCACAAUUGAUGAGAAAAGGGGCUUGAUUAGUUUUUGUUUGUGCUUUGUGAUGCAACAUGCUAAUUCACCCGAGGGCUAUGUCCAAUCAAAAGUUGCUUCUGUGGCUGCUCAGUUGAUGAAAAGGGGCUGCAAUGUUGCAGGGGCUAAGGAAGCUCUCACAUCUUUUGAUGGUUGCAAUGUGUACAUAUUGAAUUAG